AUGGCUCUUAGAAACUCUCUUGCCAUUUUCCUUGCCUUGAACAUCCUCUUCUUCUCCCUAACCGAAGCCGCCCGCUCCGGUUGUGCCCCACUGCCACACAUUCCCAAGCCUACCCCAACUACCCCAACCACUCCUGUCAUCGAGACAUGCCCAAAGGAUGCUCUCAAGGUUGGUGUUUGUGUUAAUGCGCUUAACUUGUUGAAUGUGACAUUAGGUGCUCCUCCGGUUAAGCCAUGUUGCAGUCUCAUUGCUGGUUUGGUCGAUCUUGAAGCUGCGGUUUGUCUUUGCACGGCGCUUAAAGCUAGCAUUCUCGGCAUCAACAUUAACCUUCCUAUCAACCUUAGCUUGCUCCUCAAUGUUUGCAGCAGAAAGUCUCCACCUGGUUUCCAAUGCCCUUAA